UGCCCAGCCUGCCUAGUGCAGCGCAGUGGACACUUCCCUCCGCGCGGACCAGCGACGCGGCGGCCGCUCCUCCAGCCUGCUCGAGCCCGGAACCCUUGGCGCGCUCGCCCAACACCGCACCCCUUGGCGCGACCCCAGCGCAGCCCCAGUUGCUAUCUUCAGAAUGAUUCCCUGCAGAGCAGUGCUGACUUUUGCCCGGUGUCUGAUCCGGAGAAAAAUUGUCACUUUAGAUAGUCUAGAGGAUUCCAAACUAUGCCGCUGCUUAACCACCAUGGACCUCAUUGCCCUGGGGGUUGGAAGCACUCUGGGUGCGGGGGUCUAUGUCCUUGCCGGAGAGGUCGCCAAAGCGGAUUCUGGCCCCAGCAUCGUGGUGUCCUUCCUCAUCGCUGCCUUGGCCUCGGUGAUGGCAGGCCUUUGCUACGCUGAAUUUGGGGCCCGAGUUCCCAAGACUGGGUCUGCCUACUUGUACACUUACGUUACUGUUGGCGAGCUGUGGGCCUUCAUCACUGGCUGGAAUCUCAUUCUGUCUUAUGUGAUAGGGACGUCAAGUGUUGCAAGAGCAUGGAGUGGCACCUUUGAUGAACUUCUCAACAAACAGAUUGGUCAGUUUUUCAGGACAUAUUUCAGAAUGAAUUAUACUGGCCUGGCAGAGUAUCCCGACUUUUUUGCUGUCUGCCUUAUAUUACUUCUAGCAGGACUUUUAUCUUUUGGAGUGAAAGAGUCUGCCUGGGUGAAUAAAUUCUUCACAGCUAUUAAUAUCCUGGUCCUUCUCUUUGUCAUGGUUGCUGGGUUUGUUAAAGGAAAUGUGGCGAACUGGAAAAUUAGUGAAGAGUUUCUCAAAAAUAUAUCAGCCAGUGCCAGAGAGCCACCUUUUGAAAAUGGAACAAGUAUCUAUGGGGCUGGUGGCUUUAUGCCUUAUGGCUUUACAGGAACCUUGGCUGGUGCUGCAACUUGCUUUUAUGCCUUUGUGGGAUUUGACUGCAUUGCAACAACUGGUGAAGAAGUCCGGAAUCCCCAGAAAGCAAUUCCUAUUGGAAUAGUGACUUCUUUACUUGUUUGCUUUAUGGCCUAUUUUGGGGUCUCUGCAGCUUUGACCCUUAUGAUGCCAUACUACCUCCUCAAUGAAAAAAGCCCUCUUCCAGUAGCAUUUGAGUAUGUUGGAUGGGGUCCUGCCAAAUAUGUUGUUGCAGCAGGCUCCCUUUGUGCAUUGUCAACAAGUCUUCUGGGCUCUAUGUUUCCUUUACCCCGUAUUCUGUUUGCCAUGGCCAGAGAUGGUUUACUGUUUAGAUUUCUUGCCAGAGUGAGUAAGAGGCAGUCACCUGUUGCUGCCACGUUGACUGCAGGGGUCAUUUCUGCUGUGAUGGCAUUUCUUUUUGACCUGAAGGCACUUGUGGACAUGAUGUCCAUCGGCACCCUCAUGGCGUACUCUCUGGUUGCAGCCUGUGUGCUCAUCCUCAGGUACCAACCUGGCUUGUGUUACGAGCAGCCCAAUUCCCCUGAGAAAGAAGUUCUGGGAUCAUGUGCCAGUGCAGCUUCAAAAAGUGAGUCCCAGGUCACCAUGCUACAAGGACAGGCCUUCAGCCUACAAAUCCUCUUCAGCCCUUCCGCUCUGCCAACACGACAGUCAGCUUCUCUUGUGAGCUUCCUGGUGGGAUUCCUAGCAUUUCUCGUGCUGGGCCUGAGUAUCCUGACCACAUAUGGAGUCCAGGCUAUUGCUGGACUGGAAGCCUGGAGCCUUGUUCUUCUCAUGCUGUUCCUUGUUCUCAGCAUUACCGUUGUUCUCACCAUUUGGAGGCAGCCACAGAAUCAGCAAAAAGUAGCAUUUAUGGUUCCGUUCUUACCGUUUUUGCCAGCAUUCAGCAUCCUGGUGAACAUCUAUCUGAUGGUUCAGUUAAGUGCAGACACUUGGGUCAGAUUCAGCAUUUGGAUGGCACUUGGUUUCCUGAUCUACUUUGCUUAUGGCAUUAGACACAGCCUAGAAGGUAACCCAAGGGAUGAAGAUGAUGAGGACGCUUAUUCAAACAAUAUUAAUGCAGCCACAGAAGAAAAAUCUGCCAUCCAAGCAAGUGCUCAUCACCAAAGGAAUCUCAGUUUACCUUUCAUAUUCCAUGAGAAGACAAGUGAGUGCUAACACUUGCAGGAGCAGAGCUGGUCCACGGUCUUAACAUAUGUAUCUACAUUGAGUAAACUAUGACAAGAUGUCACCAUCACCAUACUCAAGGUUGUCAUGGGUUUACUGCCUACACACUAAUUUAUACUUCCUCAUCUGGACAGCAUCUCCUCACAUGGUGGAUUAUGUGGCUGGGGAAAACUCCUGAGUUCUCUCCUCGUGGAUGACUAUCCCCAAAAUAGUGUGAGGGUGUGUGUGUGUGUGUGUGUGUGUGUAUUUGGGAACAUGAAUGCUAAGUUAGUUGUUUUAUUAUCGUGAAACCUUAUUCCAGUGUUGUCAUAAUUGGUAACAUAUACUGCACAUUACUAAAAUAGAGAUCAGUCGCUGAAUAGAAAGGUGCUCUGAAUGCACCCUGGGUAGUUGAACAAACAGUGAUCCUUUUCCUCAGUAGGCUUCAUUAAUGUUAGUUUAGACAUGCUAAAAGUGCAGUCAGCCGUUAUGGUGUCUGUCACUGUCAGGGGCAAGACGAGAGGAUAAGGAAUGAGCCUUUUCUGUAAGUUAUAAUCCCAGCAGUGGAUUUGGUACACAUUUUUUUCCUAUGUGAUAUGGCAGUUUACUAAACAGUAGGAGUAUUUGUUUUUUGCCAGUUGACACAGGAUGGAGUGGCAUUCCAAGCCACCAGAUAGCAUUUGAAAUGCGCAGUCCUUAAAUAAGACACUUCCACCUACUGUGAAUGAUAUGGGCCCUCAACCCAACCAGGGGCACAAGAGAGGUACUGUGAUCUGCUUGGGACCCUUGAAGCUAGAGAACAUAGGUGGGGUCCCCAUGGUCCAAAAGCAGGUGUAAGUGACCUGAUACAGAUGUAUUUAAAGAUCAGAGUUAGACAUAUGCUGGGGUAACUAAACCUCAGACUUAACCUUACUUCAAGAAAAAAGUCACUUAAAAUAAAUCAACAGAAUCUCCCAGAUCACACGACUGGUAAAAUGACUCAUAUUUUUUCUUUACUUAAUACCUAAUCACAGCUUAACUUUUUUAACCUCACCAAACACAGAACUCACUCUUUUGUUUCUGUUAUUUUACUUUAUGUGAGGGGCUACAGUAGCAAAAUUCUGUCAUUACAAUGUACAAAAGAAAAGUUGGAGGGAUGUAAGAGAAAAUUCCUCUAUUCAAAUAAUAGAGGGCAUUUGCCCAGCAGAAGGGGCUCAGAUUUAAUUUGGCUCUAAUGUUUCUUCUGUAAACAUUUAGGCAUACCUGCCCUACAUCACUUGGUACUUUUUACUGCAUUUGGUUUUAAAUGACCACACUAAGCCUAUUAACCUCCAAAAUUCUACAAUAAUCCAUCAGUAAUUGGGGAAUUAUUUUGGUAACACAGUACUUAAAGCUUCAAGCUAAAAAAAGUAACCAAAUUAAAUUAAAGCCAUAAAAACACAGUAACCUUUGUGUAUGAGUAAAUAAACUUUUAUAUGUAAGAUUUUCUGAUUGCUAUAUUUUACUUUGUAGGUUUUCUGAUAGUGGUUUAUUUAUCUUGUGUUAAUUUUGUACAAAUAAAUGGUUUGUUAGAUGAGGCUGGAGGCUGGACACAUGUGGGUGACACUCCCAGGAUUUCAUGGUGAGUGUCACCAAGCAUCUAGUUGACCUGCAUGAUCCAAAGGCAAAGAAAACAUUUGUUUUCUGACAGUUCGUCUAAACGAUCAUUUAUCUUACUGGUGCCUUUAAAAAGCAAGUUGCAAUUCUUUUCUAUAACCAUGAGUUUGUUGUGAUUAAAUAUCAAACAAAAAGGUGGAAAGUCUGGGUUUCUGGCUGCUAACGGAGGGGCAUCCCGGACACAGAGCUCAUUAUGACAUUCCACAAUUUCCAGGGUGCACUUAGUAAAAUUUGAAACCCAGAAUUCUCCAUCAAGCUGCGUUUUUUUACUGAAGGUGAAGAAGUUGGAUAAGCAUUGGGAAAACAUUUUUGUAAGAACUGUGGACAUGAUCAUUAAAUCCUUGCAAUUACAACAGUACUAAGAACCCCUUUUAUUCUAUAUUCAAUUUAGAAUAGGCCUGUCACAUUGGAAAUGUGAGCAGUUCUAUAUGAAUAUUUUAAGUCUUUACUGUAGCAAAAUCAAUAUUUUGUUUAGUAAGUGAUAGGCAGCUAAAACAAUUGUGCCUACUAUGUUCAAUUAGGAGCAGAAUUUAAUAAUUAUUUUGUACAUUGAAACACUUUGCAAACACAGAUACCUAUGAAAAUAUGCUUUGUUGGUGAUCAUGCUGUUUUUUUUCUGUGAAGACUCAAAUGUGUAUACUUGUAUGUAUGUAAACACAUUUACCUAUCUUGUCUGUAAGUGUAUAUUUCAUGUGUGUGCAAGUGUGUAUAUUCCAAAUAUCAGUGAAUAAGUUGGGUUUAUGAUGGCCUUUAGAUAUGAUAUUGUUACAUGGAUUAAAAAAACCCCAAUUGAUGUGGAGAAAAAAUAAUAUUUUAUAUUGAUAGAAAUUUUAAAUGUUAAACUAUUUUAAAAUACACAAUUUUAUAUGUAUAUUUUCUAUAGAUAGGUUCUUUAAGAAAUAUUUAUGAUGUUUCUAAUAUGAAAUCACUAAACUCUAGUACAUUGUAAUAGGUGCUUUUUUUAUCUGAAUGGAGUAGGGUACAUUGGGGGAUUCCUGUUUACUUGUUUCUGUUGCACCUUUUCUGAUACACCUGUCCAGAGAUGUGCUUUUUAGUGAAAGUCAAUACUACCAGCUCUUUGCCACCUCUGUGCUCAUAACACAUUGAACAAAAUGUUGCUUUUACUUUUCAGGAUCACCAAAAUGUUUUUUAGAUUUAAUUAGUCAUCAAUCAAACUUACAUAAAGUCCUCUUGGGAAAUUAAAAAAUAUAUACAUUAUUGUAAUUGUGAUUUCGUAAAAACAGCUUACAUUUCUUUUAUACUAGGCAUAUGCUCUCAACAUUUUCAUGGAGAAUUGAUAGCACCCUUAAUUUUACAUUCUUCAAAAAAGAGAAUGAUCUGUGAAUCAUCAUAGAAAGGUGAUGCCAACCCUCCAUUUAAAAGGUGGCUUGCAAACUGUUUUAAAAUGAUGAGAAAAACUUAUUGGAUCCUUCGAUAUAUGCUAAAACACAGAUUAGUGCUUAAUUACCUCUUCCCUAGAGGUAAAUCAUCAAGAAAACUAAGACUGAAGUAUCAUUUGAUAUUAUAUAUACAUAUUUAUAUCGAAGUUGAUUAUAUAAAACUUUACUAU